AGUCGAUGUAGUCUGCCGUCUGCCGCGACGGGCUUUUCACAACGUGCGUCAAGGCAAACUUAACCUUUUUUUAAUUAUCGCACCCCGUCUAACGUGGGAGAAACAAUGGAUUUAAUUAAAACAAUCGAGAGUGAUCAGGAGAUCGAGGAUCUGUCAGAACCUUCCGACGAAGAAGAUGACUUUCAACCACGUAGAAAGGAAAAAAAGAAGGACACCGGCUUGGGAGGUGACUUUGUUCUCAACAGUGAAGACUUCGAGCACGAUACUUGGAACGAUUUGAGCAAAUAUAUCAAACGUAAAGCCAAAACCAAGCUUGAUGACAAAAUCAAGAAAGUGAGAAAUUCCAGUAAGGCUGAGAAUAGUGCAUCAGUAGAGAAUCUUGACGAUGCUGAAGAUGAGAAUGACUUGUUCGUCGAAGAGGAAGAUCUUCAAAAAGAUACCAUUAAAACCAAGUUGAAAAAAACUAAAAAAGGGAAAGCCGUAGAGGAACAAGAAGAAAUGAAGUUUGAGGUUGUCGAAAAUUAUGACAACUUAGCUUCAUUUGAGAAUCUAAACAUUUCCAGACCACUUCUUAAAGCUAUAAGUACAAUGAAAUACUACAAUCCAACUCCUAUACAAGCUGCAACAAUACCAGUUGCGUUAUUAGGUAGAGAUAUUUGUGGAUGCGCUGCAACAGGUACAGGAAAAACUGCUGCCUAUAUGCUUCCAACUUUGGAAAGAUUAUUGUACAGACCAGCUGGAGGGACUCCAGUUACUAGAGUUUUGGUUCUUGUUCCCACUCGAGAGUUGGGUGUUCAAGUAUAUCAAGUAACUAAGCAAUUGGCACAGUUCACUUCAAUUGAAGUAGGAUUGUCAGUUGGUGGUUUAGAUGUGAAAGUACAGGAAAGUGUUCUGAGAAAAAAUCCAGACAUUGUUAUUGCCACUCCUGGUCGUUUGAUUGAUCAUUUAGCCAAUGCACCAACUUUUACUUUAAAUACAAUUGAAGUAUUAAUUUUGGAUGAAGCUGAUAGAAUGUUGGAUGAGUAUUUUGCUGAACAGAUGAAACAUAUUGUCAAGCAGUGCUCUAGAACUCGACAAACCAUGCUCUUCUCAGCUACCAUGACUGAAGAAGUAAAAGAAUUAGCUGCUGUUUCUCUCGACAAGCCAGUCAAAGUUUUUGUUGACAGCAAUCAAGAUGUUGCUUCUGCUUUACGACAAGAAUUUAUUAGAAUUCGUAAAGAAAGAGAAGGCGAUCGAGAAGCAGUACUAGCUGCCCUGGUAUGCCGUACCUUCCAUGAUCACACCAUGAUUUUUGUACAAACCAAAAAGCAAGCUCACCGAUUACACAUUUUGUUAGGGCUUCUAGGAGUCAAGGUCGGAGAGCUUCACGGUAAUUUAACGCAGCCUCAACGAUUGGAAAGUUUGAGAAAAUUCAAAGACGAAGAAGUAGACGUUUUGAUAGCGACGGAUGUUGCGGCCAGAGGUCUGGAUAUCAGCGGCGUCAAAACCGUCAUUAAUUUCGUGAUGCCAGCGACGUUGCAGCACUACAUCCACAGGGUCGGCCGAACUGCUCGUGCGGGUCGAGGUGGUGUGUCGGUCUCGCUGGCCGGUGAGCAGGAACGUCAGCUGGUCAACGAAGUCAUCAAGCAGGCGAAAAAUCCAGUGAAACGCCGUAUCAUACCGAUCAAGAUAAUCGAAAAGUAUAACAAAAAGCUUCAGUCGCUGGAGCCCGACGUUGAAAAGAUCCUCAACGAGGAGAGGGAAGAGCGAGAAUUGGCCAAGUGCCAAAAUCAAACCAACCGCAUCGAGAACAUGUUGAAGGACGAAAACAACACAGAUCAACGAGUCUGGUUCCAAUCGCAGAAGGAUAGAAAUUUGGAGAAAAAAAAACUGCAAGACAAACCAGAGAAGGAUAAGUCUGCCAAGACGCCUAAAGAUAAAUCCGAUAAAAAGCCUGACAAGAAAUCGAAAAAACCAGCAAAGAAGUUGGAUCCAGCUGAAGAACGAGCUUUGCAAGAAUUGAACAAAGUCGCAGCUUUUCAAGCGCGUAUGGCAAAGAAGAACAUCAAACCGAAGAAGAUGAGGUCUUGCGUGGAUGCUACUGCUCCUGAAGACCGUACCAGAGUCAAGAAGAGGAAGGCUUCGUCCUUCGCUAGCGAUCUGACAGAUACAAGCAGAAAGAACGUCAAGAGAAUGCGAUACGAAGCAAAUACCAAAAAGAACCAGAAGGCAAGCAAAUCAAUGAAAAAGGCUAAAAUGAAGGGUAUUAAACCCAAGGGCAAUCCCAAUCCAAAAAGACGUUAAAAAUUUUAUUUUUUAUUUUUUAUAAGCGUAAUAAAUGUAAUGUUAUGUAA